UCAAAGGGUCAUUGGAUGAUCGCAUGAAUCCAUCCGCAUAAAGAACUCAGAACAGCACCUGGCACGUAGGCAAUGCUCAACAAAUGUCACCUGGUCGUGAACAUACAGCUUCUCCUUUUAUUCUGUCAGGCAGGCACGGCCCCCAGCACCCCCGCCGGGCACCAUGGACUGGAAGACGCUCCAGGCCCUCCUGAGCGGCGUGAACAAGUACUCCACGGCGUUCGGGCGCAUCUGGCUGUCGGUGGUGUUUGUCUUCCGCGUGCUGGUGUACGUGGUGGCCGCAGAGCGCGUGUGGGGGGACGAGCAGAAGGACUUUGACUGCAACACCAAGCAGCCGGGCUGCACCAAUGUCUGCUACGACAACUUCUUCCCCAUUUCCAACAUCCGCCUCUGGGCCCUGCAGCUCAUCUUCGUCACGUGCCCCUCCCUGCUGGUCAUCCUGCACGUGGCCUACCGCGAGGAGCGCGAGCGCCGCCACCGCCAGAAGCACGGGGACCAGUGCGCCAAGCUGUACGCCAACGCGGGCAAGAAGCAUGGCGGCCUGUGGUGGACCUACUUGUUCAGCCUCAUCUUCAAGCUCGUCAUCGAGUUCCUCUUCCUCUACGUGCUGCACACUCUCUGGCACGGCUUUGGCAUGCCGCGCCUGGUGCAGUGUGCCAACGUGGCGCCCUGCCCCAAUGUCGUGGACUGCUACAUCGCCCGGCCCACCGAGAAGAAGGUCUUCACCUACUUCAUGGUGGGGGCCUCUGCGGUCUGCAUCGUGCUCACCAUCUGCGAGAUCUGCUACCUCAUCUUCCACAGGGUCCUACGGGGCAUAACCAAGAACAAGUCCCCCAAAAACCGCAGCCUCCCAUCCUCCACCAGCCGGGCCUCCACCUGCCGCUGCCACCACAAGCUGGUGGAGGCCGGGGAGCUGGGCUCCGACUCCGGUGACGACAAGAGGCACGCGUCAGCACCCACCAUGACCCCUAUCUGA